CGCCCCGGAACUGGGCCCGAGGCAGGCCAGCGCCGAAGAGACCGACUGGGUUCGACUGCCCAGCAAAUGCGAAGGGCAUGUCGGAGACUUUUGAGACACUGCACAACCUGGUACACAAAGGGGUCAAGGUGGUGAUGGACAUCCCCUGUGAGCUGUGGAAUGAGACUUCUGCCGAGGUCGCUGACCUCAAGAAGCAGUGUGAUGUGCUAGUGGAGGAGUUUGAGGAGGUGAUCGAAGAUUGGUACGGGAACCACCAGGAGGAGGACCUGACUGAAUUCCUCUGCGCCAACCAUGUGCUGAAGGGAAAGGACACCAGUUCGGCAGAACGGUGGUCUGGCAAGAAGGGGGACACAGCUGCCCUGGGAGGGAAAAAGUCCAAGAAGAAGAGCAGCAGGGCCAAGGCUUCAGGCAGCAGGAGCAGCAGCAGCAAGCAGAGGAAGGAGUUGGGGGACCUUGAGGGAGACCCCAGCCCCGAGGAAGAAGAGGGCAUCCAGAAAUCAUCUCCCCUCCCGCACAGCCACCCUGAUGAGCUUUGAGCUUCACCCUGCAUUCCUGUACUGAAACCCCGAACCUCAAAGCUGAAGAGUCUGGGGCACAACUCCAGCAGGCAAAAUGACUCUCCUACUGGCUUCAGGUCUUCCUGCCUCAGCUGUGCCCUCUUCCU